AUGGCCAGAAAUCUUAUCUCCCUCAGCACACUUGAUGCCGAGGGAUACAGACACUCCGGUUCAGGUGGAGUGUGUAAGGUAUCAAAAGGUUCUCUCAUUCAUAUGAUAGGUAAUAUGAAUUCUGCAAAGUUAUAUGUUCUUAGAGAAAGUACUUUACAUGGUUCCGUCACUGCUGUUGCUGUUUCUAAUGAUGAACCAAGUAAAACUAAUCUCUGGCAUAUGCGUCUUGGGCAUAUGAGUGAACUUGGUAUGGCAGAAUUGAUCAAGAGACACCUGUCGGAUGGCUGCACUGUGGGUAAGAUGAAGUUCUGUGAGCAUUGUGUUUUUGCCUCAAAAUCAAUCUAUUGCAUAUCACAGAACAAAGAGGAGUUGUGGACCUCGUCCACGUUAAUUGAGGAAUGUGAUAUUGUUCAUUACGCCUUUAGCUAUGCUGAACAGGUUGAGAACAUUCAUGAGCCGGCUACGUACACUGAAGCUGUUGUUUCUGGUGACCGCGAGAAGUGGAUUUUCGCUAUGCAAGAAGAGAUGCAGUCACUUGAGAAAAAUGGCACAUGGGAUGUUGUGCGCUUGCCUAAACAUAAGAAUGCCGUUCGUUGCAAAGGAUCUUCAAGAGAAAUGAGGGUUUAUCUCCUACAAUGUUACAUUAAGAAAGUUCUUCAUCGUUUCAACAUGCAUGAUGCAAAGUCUGUAAGUACUCCUGCUCCUCAUUUCAAAUUAUCAGCUUUACAAUGUGCUAGUACGGAUGAGGAUUUUGAGUACAUGUCAAGAGUUCCAUAUUCUAGUGUUGUUGGUUCUUUGAUGUAUGCCAUGGUUUGCUCUCGUCCUGAUUUAUCAUAUGCUGUGAGUUUGGUGAGUAGAUACAUGGCUAAUCCUGGUAAAGAACAUUGGAAAGCUGUUCAGUGGAUUUUCAGAGAUUGGUUCAUUUCUUACGAGUCUGUGCAGAGUGGAGAUGUGGUGCAUAUGGGAGAUAACAACCCACGUGAGAUUGUGGGCAUUGGCUCCGUUCAGAUCAAGAUGCAUGAUGGCAUGAUACGCACACUGAAAGAUGUGAGACACAUACCAGGGAUGGCCAGAAAUCUUAUCUCCCUCAGCACACUUGAUGCCGAGGGAUAUAGACACUCCGGUUCAGGUAGAGUGUGUAAGGUAUCAAAAGGUUCUCUUAUUCAUAUGAUAGGUAAUAUGAAUUCUGCAAAGUUAUAUGUUCUUAGAGAAAGUACUUUAUAUGGUUCCAUCACUGCUGCUGCUGUUUCUAAUGAACCAAGUAAAACUAAUCUCUGGCAUAUGCGUCUUGGGCAUAUGAGUGAACUUGGAAUUUCAGAAUUGAUCAAGAGAGACCUACUAGAUGGCUGCACUAUGGGUAAGAUGAAGUUCUGUGAGCACUGUGUUUUUUGUAAGCAAAAGAGGGUAAAAUUCAAUGCAUCUGUUCAUACCACCAAAGGUACACUUGAUUAUGUACAUGCUGAUUUGUGGGGGGCGUCUCGUAAGCCCUCUUAUGGUGGUGCUCGUUACAUGCUUACCAUUAUUGAUGAUUACUCUAGAAAAGUGUGGCCUUACUUUCUGAAAAAUAAAGAUGAUACAUUUGCUGCUUUUAAAGAGUGGAAAGUCAUGAUAGAAAGGCAAACUAAAAAGAAGGUAAAAUUGCUUUGCACUGAUAAUGACGGUGAAUUCUGUUCAGAUGCUUUUAAUGAUUACUGCAGGGAAGACGGCAUUGUCAGGCACCACACCAUCCCGUACACUCCUCAGCAGAAUGGUGUGGCUGAGCGCAUGAACCGAACCAUCAUCUCGAGGGCUCGUUGUUUGUUGUCCAAUGCUCGUAUGAACAGGCGUUUUUGGGCUGAGGUUGCUAACACCGCCUGUUACUUGAUCAACCGGUCACCUUCUAUCCCACUUAAUAAGAAAACUCCCAUUGAGGUAUGGUCUGGUAUGCCUGCUGAUUAUUCAUAG